AUGCCGUCGCGGUCGCAGCAGCGGCGCCUCCCACUUCAGAGUGCUGCGCCCAGCGCUGACACCGCCGCCGCCGCCACGCCUAGCGCGCUCUCGCUCGGGCUGGUUGAGGUGCGAGACACCGGCUGUCCCACCCGCGGGCAUGGCCUCUUCGCUGCCGCGCCGCUGCCCGACGGCGCGUACCUCGGCGACUACACGGGCGAGGUGCUGACGCAAGAGGAGUACCUGGCGCGGUACCCUGAUGAGGAUGCGCGGUACGUGCUCGCCGCCAGCGCCGACUGGAACAUCGACGCCGCGGAGGCGGGCUCUUCCUCGCUGCUGCGGUACGUCAACCACUCGUCCUCGCCAAACUGCUAUUACCAUGUGGAGCGGGUGCGCAGGUCGCCCGCGCGCCGCGUGAGCUUCUACACGCUGCGGCCCGUGCGGCCGGGCGAGGAGCUGCUCUUUGACUACGGCAAAGAGUUUUGGCGGGGGCGCUGCGAGGAGCAAGUUGGUGAUGGCACGUAG